UCAGUUGUGGUUUGAUUCUCAAAGAAAACGAUGGAAAUGUUUACAUCCACGCCGGGCUUUUGCCCAUCUUGCGGCUCCAUAUUCCCGCCGCUGGAUGCUAGUAAAAAUGUUACCUGUUAUAAUUGCCAAAAAUCUUAUAAACCCGAUGUAUUUGGGGAUCAAAUAGUGGAGUAUACCAUACAUUUUAACAACUACGAUCCUGAGAAAUUGGUAAAAACAAAAGAGGAACAAGAUACAUCACCUGAAGGUCCUAUUGUGGAACGUAAAUGUUCGAAAUGUGGCCAUGAUAAAAUGUCUUAUGCCACCCUCCAAUUACGCUCUGCCGAUGAAGGUCAAACUGUGUUUUUUACAUGUCUCAAGUGCAAGUUCAAAGAGUCGGAAAAUUCUUAGGUUUAUUCUAAGUUUACAAAAUAAACUGGUAUUCAUACUUACACCAAACGUGCUAUCUCAACAA